ACCCUAAAAAAGAUACCAAAGUGAACUCUCUCAUACUCUCAUAUCUCUCUCGUCUAUCUUCUCUCGUACAUUCAGUUCUCUGCUGUCUCGCUUAUCUCUGUCGCCGGAAAGAAAACUUGUUUAGAUCUCGCCGGAAAGAUAGCGGAUUUCUGAGUCAUCUCGCCGGAAUUCUUAAUUUAAACACGUUUCUCACCAUUAAACAUAUUUUCACUGGAGCAGUAGAAUGGAAGGCAAAAGAGACAUGAAUACUAUGGAAGUUGAAGUAGCUACAUCACUACCUUCUCUUCCAUCAAAACCCAAAUUUGGGGCUUUGAAAGCUCAUGAGAUGUCAGAUGGUCAGGUACAAUUCAGAAAGGUUGCUGUUCCACAACAUCGAUUCACGCCCUUGAAAAAAGCAUGGUUAGAAAUCUACACUCCAAUAUAUGAGCAGAUGAAAAUUGAUGUAAGGAUGAAUCUUAAAGCUCGUAAGGUUGAGCUGAAGACAAGAGCCGACACACCUGACGUAAGUAGCCUACAGAAGUGUGCUGAUUUUGUCCAUGCGUUUAUGCUUGGAUUUGACGUUACAGAUGCAGUUGCCCUCUUGAGGGUAGAUGAACUAUUUAUUGACUCAUUUGAGAUCAAGGAUGUUAAAACAUUGAAAGGUGACCAUAAAUCAAGGGCUAUUGGAAGGCUCUCCGGUAAAGGAGGUAAAACAAAGUUUGCCAUCGAAAAUGCAACAAGGACGCGUAUUGUGAUUGCAGACACAAAGAUUCAUAUUUUGGGAUCAUUUACAAACAAUAAAGUAGCGCGGGACUCGCUUUGUAGCCUAAUAUUAGGGUCGCCUGCUGGAAAGGUUUACUCGAAACUCAGAGCUGUUACUGCCAGAAUGGCUGAGAGAUUUUGAGUUUUCAUAAGACCUUUUUGGUAAAGUAUGAGUUGAUAUUACAUUCUAUCCACCUUGUUGAGGAUUAGACUGAUAAUAUUGGUAGAUGGCAGUUUUGAUUUGUUGCCCAGUUCGCCCUCCCUUCCCUGUUCAGUAAGCCUAUGAUAAAGAUCUCACUUUUGAGAACUUUAUUUAUCUCUGUUAUGUUAUUUAAAUUAAUUAUAAAAUCUCUGGUGGUUUAGGAGUGCAA